AGACAGAAAAUAAGGCUCCCUCCAUCCGUCUAUGCUUUUUCGUACCCAGCACAUGAGAUCCAGCACGCUGCCAGGCCAUGGCACUGGCACAGAGGAUGUGUUCCCACUGUCAAAGGGGAUGGACAGUCCUACUACCACACUUCUUAUCAAGCACAGUUCAAGGGUGAAUGGAGUCCACCUGCAAAGCCAAAUGAAAAGCACAAGUCUGCUGUUAAAUUUGGGGAUCCCAGAAGCAGUGGAUCUGUGAGCGAGCAGAAGCAUGCCCACCGUGCCCCAGACAAGAGGACACGCAGAGUCUAUGGCAAGGAACAUGCUGCCUCCCAGAUCCACCGCACGAACCUGCAGCUGGGGGAUGGUUGCACCAGAUUCUCCACCUUGAUGUCAGAGCUCUUCCCAGUACACAGUAUAGAGCCUGUGACUAUCGCUUGUCCAAACAAAUACGCCUCAUCCAUCCCCAGAGGUGAUGAAGGCCCUGAGAGAAAUCAAGCGUUGGCAAGAACUACUACUAUGCAGCUCUCCUACCCAGAGACUGACAGGUGGAACUUCGCACCGAAGCCUGACUUGCUACUUCAGAAACAUCGAAGCAACAUCUGCUUGGGAGAUGUGUGUUCAGGCUCCCGUUUCUUCAGCACAACGCAGCACUCAGACUAUCAGCCGCCCUGCCAGAGCCAGAGGGUGAUGGCAGACAGCAAGAGCCACCGUGAGAGCCACAUCCCCUUCAACGACCACAAUGAAAGUUCUGUCACAACCACGCAGGCCAUGCUGGUCCCACGCAGACAGCAGAACCAGCGACUCCCCGAAGACAUGCUACAGCAGCUCAAAUGCUCACACCUGGGGCUACCCUGGAGGGCACCGGACCUCUUCAGGACUGAGCAGAAAGAUGAGUUCACGUCCAAAUCCAGAGGCCCAGCAGAAAUCCAAAAGGCAAACUCCCAAGUGAACUGCAUCCCCCUGGGGACCCUGAGAAGAUACGGUCCCCAGAGGAAGGUGCUCUUUGCACAGUGA